UAGCAUUAAACCAAUCGAAAGUGCGGUUCGAAGGGAAAGUGAAUCAAUCCUCGAGGCCGAAAAUAGCACGUGCAAACACAUAUAAGUGAGCCAACCGAAGAAAAACACAGCAAAUCUCAAACUUAAACAGCAAACAGUACGUGGCACCUUGUUAGAGAGUGCGUUAGAAGUGUGCGUGCGUGCGUGCGUGUGUUUGGUUAAUCACCAGACACCGUGUUGCUUUAGUGACAUGUUAAAUAAUUCGCUAUGCGUACGGCGGAAAGUCGAAGUGGAAAGAGCAUGAAGAUAAACUCCCAGGCUGCCUGGUGGCUAAAUGGCUGUGCAGAAUAAAAUGUGUGCAUUGUAGCAACGCCCGGUCUGUUUAUGUUCAAUUUCUAGCGUGCCAUCUAGAUAACAAAUCACCGAGUGCGCGCCGUCUGUUAGUGUAACACAGCACAUUAAAUAGCAGCAAAAAAAAACGCUCACACACACAAUUACCAACACUAAAGAUAAUCGGCAGAAGACUGCGAGAGUCUCAACGCACCCGGUUAAACAAACGAUCCGAUUUCUAACCAAUCCACGGCCGGCCGCGUAAAGUGACGGGAGUUAAGUUUCAUCAACCGAACGACCGACCGACUGAACGAACGGCCGUCCGAGCGCCACAUCCACAGGAGCCGCAUACCGGGACGCGACUCCACCAUGAACAACAAUAGCAACAAAAUGCAAAUUCGAGAGUCGCUAGCAAUGGACGUGGACGGUACGACGGUGGAGAGUAGCCGGGGCUACCUAAUUACCCGCAUGACCCUGCUGGCGACGGUGGCCAUCUUCGGCUGCCUGCUGCUCGGCUCCGGUCUGCUUAUCUAUCACUUUGCGUCGUGCGAUGAGCAUCAUGCUUCCACCCUGCACCAUACGACGCUGUGCGAGCAUCAACAUUCAACAUCGCACCAUCACCAGCAGCACGCACCGGCACCGGGUUCGGAUGGCAGUGCGUCCUCGACCACGCACAAAACACUUAUCGAGGCGUCGACGAGCCGAGAGAAUCCGGGAGAAACCAUACCCGCCGGUGACAAUGUACCCGGCGACACUGGUGCAACAGGUGCCGAUGGGAUGGACCAGGGCGGACUGCGGGCGGAGGAUGGUACGGUUGCAUCAUCGGUCCGGGAGGACUUACGGCUCCCCCGAUCGAUCGAACCUGUUGCUUAUGACAUUCGGCUGAUACCGUGGCUGGUGGAGGAUAAUUUCACCUUCCUCGGUACGGUGGAGGUUCUCGUCAACGUGCUGGAAGAUUGUAGCAACGUGACGCUUCAUGUGGCCGCACUAAACAUUCACAGUGCCAGUGUAGAACGCUCCACUGGGCGGGGAGAGGAGCAGCACAGUGAAGAAGCGACUGCAGAUGAAAGCAGCGAAGGAGCGCCGUUGGUGAGGGAAAUGGUGGAAAUCGAUCAUAACCUUACGGUUGCUAGCAAGCAGUUCUACGUGCUUAUGCUGAAGACGCCAUUGCGGCGGGGCGAACAGUACGUCGUGCGGUUACGGUACGAUGGUAUCCUGAACGAUUACCUGCAAGGUUUCUAUCGCAGCUCGUACACAGCUAACAAUGAAACUAGAUGGAUUGCCACGACACAGUUCCAGCCAACGGAUGCACGCCGUGCAUUUCCAUGUUUUGACGAGCCGGCUUUAAAGGCACGGUUCAACAUCAGUAUCGCACGCACCCGGGACAUGAUUUCGCUCUCCAACAUGCCCCGGUUACGUUCGUACGAGGCCAGCGAGCCCGAGCUGCAGGGAUACGUGUGGGAUGUGUACCAGCAGUCCGUACCGAUGUCGACCUAUCUGGUGGCGUUCGUGGUGUGUGACUAUCUCAACCUGACGUCGGGCAACUUCGCCGUCUGGGCACGGGCUGACGCUAUCGGAUCGGCACGCUACGCACUGAGCGUCGGUCCGAAGUUGCUCAAGUUCCUGGAGGACUUCUUUCACAUCGAGUACCCGCUGCCGAAGGUGGAUAUGAUCGCACUGCCCGACUUUAGUGCCGGUGCGAUGGAAAACUGGGGCUUGAUUACGUAUCGCGAGACGGCCAUGCUGUACGAGGAGAACGUAUCGGCGAUAAGCAAUAAGCAGCAUGUCAUUACGGUCGUUGCACACGAGCUGGCCCACCAGUGGUUUGGCAAUUUGGUUACACCGUCCUGGUGGACAGACCUGUGGCUAAACGAGGGCUUUGCCAGCUACAUGGAGUACCUUGGGGUGGACGCCGUAGAGCCGGCCUGGAAGUCGAUGGAGCAAUUCGUGGUGAACGAGCUACACAACGUGUUUUCGCUCGAUGCGCUCUCGUCCUCGCAUCAGAUCUCGGUGGAGGUGCACAACCCGGAAGAGAUACACGAGAUAUUCGACAAAAUAUCGUACGGCAAGGGUGCGACCAUUAUCCGGAUGAUGGACCAUUUCCUUACGACUGAGGUAUUCAAACGGGGCCUGACCAACUAUCUCAACGACAAGAAGUAUCAAAGCGCUAGCCAGGACGAUCUGUGGGAGUAUCUUACGAACGAGGCACGGCGCGGUGGCAUAUUCGACGAGCACACGUCAGUGAAGGAGAUCAUGGACACCUGGACACUGCAGACCGGAUUCCCGGUGGUGUUUGUACAGCGCGACUACGAGUCGGAUAGUAUAGAGUUUCGCCAGGAGCGGUUCUCGUUUGCGAACGCACUGAACGGUACGGAUGCUGCUGCCCGGCAAAGCGAACGGUUUCUUUGGUGGAUUCCGAUCACCUAUACCACGCUGGGUGAUAGUAACUUCCAGCAGACGAAACCAUCGAUCUGGAUGAAGGCGGAGGAGGCGCUGGUGAUCAAUAAUCAUGACAUACCGAGUCACGACUGGAUGAUCGUGAAUGUGCAACAAACGGGUUACUACCGGGUGAACUACGACGAACGUAACUGGCAGAUGAUCGUGAGGCAUCUGCAGGACAGGAACAAGUACAAAACGAUCGCAGCCUCGAACCGUGCACAGUUGAUAGACGAUGCGCUGAAUUUGGCGCGCGCAGGCUAUCUGGAUUAUGGCGUUGCGCUGAACGUUACGAGGUAUCUGGUGCACGAGACGGAUUACGUGCCAUGGAAGGCGGCUAUUGCUGCACUGAACUAUAUUGACUCGAUGUUCAUACGCACCCGCAAUUAUGGGUUGUUCAAGAAAUAUUCUAUGGAUCUGCUGGAAAACAUCUAUCGCGAGGUUGGUUUUGAAGAUCAUCGCGAUAGCCCGCUGCUGACGGUGUACAAGCGAAUCAGUGUGCUGAAGGCGGUAUGUCAUCUUGGAAACAAGGAUUGCGUGAAUCACUGCCUGCGCAAGUACUACGAAUGGAUGCAUCAGCCCAAUCCCGAUAUAAACAAUCCCAUUUCGCCCAACCUGAAAAGCACCGUGUACUGUACCGCCAUCAAGUAUGGAGACGAAACGGAGUGGGACUUUGCGUGGGAACGAUUCCAGAAGGCAACGGUCGCCAGCGAGAAGGAAAUUCUGCUCUCCGCGAUGGGUUGCUCCCGGGUGCCCUGGAUUUUGGCCCGCUACCUUGAGAAUGCUAUGUCGGAUGAGUACGGUAUCCGCAAGCAGGACGCGUUUCGGGUGUUUAUAUCGGUGGCAGAUAACGUUAUUGGGCAACCCAUUGCGUUCGAUUACAUGCGCAAUAAUUGGGCGAAAAUGAAGAGCUACUUCGGUGCUUCGAUGUCGAACUUGAACAUUAUUCUCAAAUACUGCACCAAGCGGUUUAACACCGAGUCGGAGCUGUUGGAACUUAAGGAGUUUGCUGAAAUCCAUUUGAAAGAUAGCGGCCGCACGAUACAGCAGGCGAUUGAGUGGACAGAGUCAAACAUCGCAUGGCUAAACCGCAACGCACAGCCGAUUGUUAAUUGGUUGAAUGAACUUGAUUUGCAUCACAUUUUGUUUCUGGGUCGAGACAGUGAUCUUUGCACUGCCAUCAAACGUGAACUGAGCCUUGUUACCUUCCUGCUCCAGCUUGAUUUGCAUCACAUUUUGUUUCUGGGUCGAGACAGUGAUCUUUGCACUGCCAUCAAACGUGAACUGAGCCUUGUUACCUUCCUGCUCCAGAUGAAGUACGCCACGUCGGACACAUUCGCCAAAGUAAUGUUAUGCGACUCGCUAGACACAAUCGUCGGUGUCGUGCUUUCAAAUUCACUCUCCUUUGUGGCGAACGUUAUUGGCAGCGGCCACAGUAGCUUCUCUUCCGCAUCCGUACCAUUGGCGAUGAACCGUUUCUGGGUGACCAAGUUACCGAACCACUGGUGGGCCAGCUCGUGCGAGAUGAUGCUAGCGAUACGCUGCUGCUGCAUGCUGGUAGCGUCCUCCUCAACGUACAGCAGGCUCGACUCACGGUAUGUGAUGAGACCCCAGUUUUCCAUCGCACCGGCCGCAAAGUCGGGUAUGGCCGCCAUGUACAUGCGCCGUAAAAGUCGUCUUGUACCUUGGUUCAUCGAAGCAGGGGAAUGCUCGGCGGGCUUCAGUCUGCUCAAACUGUGUCGAUCCCAGCCACACCUGCUUGCCGUUCACUUUGAAGUAGCUUCGGUAGAAUCCACCCAUAUCCUCUUCCAUUCGGCCGACAUAGUUCACGACAAUGUUGUACUCCACGUUUUUCACCAAUUCAGACGGCUUGAGGUUAAGCGUCCAAAUUUGUGUCUCUUCGUUUUUGAUCUGUGUAACAUUAUCCUUCAGAACGGUGACCGCAAUGGUAGUGGUGGCAUCGAAUACACUGUUGUGUCAAGGUGCUGUUGUACCAUGGAGCGUUUACAAAUAGUUAGUGUAUUACUUUUCAUUCCACUUGCGCUGUACUCCCGUGUGGACGGGACCAGCAUAAGUUUGUUGCAAAAUGAAGAAACAACUUCCGACAGCUAUCGAUUGCUGGCUGUAUCCGAGCCGUUGUAUUACGAUCUGUACCUUGAUAUGACGGAUGCCAACUUCUCCAACUAUGCAGGAUCGGUGGACAUCACUAUCAAGUAUACCGGCAACGGCUCCAUCUUUUCGUUGAAUAGUGUGGAUUUAGCGAUAAACGAAGAGACCCUUCGCGUCGAACGGAUGAAUGGAACCAAAGUGCCUCUGGAAUCGUUUACAGUUUCACGUCAGUUCGAACAGCUCUACUUCAAUUGUACUGAAAAGUUAGAAUCUGGCGCAUCCUAUAACGUCCAUCUAGAAUUUAAUGGCACGAUCAAGACAGAUAUUUUUAAAGGUGUUUACCGUAGCAGCUACCGGGUGGAUGGUGAGAUCAAAUAUCUGGCAACCACAUUCUUUGCCGCUACCUACGCCCGAACAGUCUUUCCGUGCUAUGAUGAACCCGGGCACAAAGCAAGAUUUAACGUCAAAAUUCGGCAUCGAUCGCAUCAUACGGCCCUAUCGAACAUGCCAGUAAUCAGAAGCACAAUGAUCGAUGGUUAUAGCGAAACGACUUUCGAUACUACUCCCCUCAUGUCAACCUACUUGGUGGCCUUUGUCGUAUCGGAGAUGAAAACGCUAUCUUCAGUUAGUGAGCUGUUCCGGGUGUAUGCACCGGAAAACAAGGUCAACUACACGGUUUACGCACAUGACUUUGCGGUACGAGCAGUACGUGCACUGGAGAACCAUUUCGGUCGCCAGAAUCAGAUGCGGAAAAUCGAUCUCGUCGGUAUACCUGACUUUGCGAUGGGAGCAAUGGAGAACUGGGGAAUGAUAACGUUCCGUGAAGACUAUUUGAUCUACCAAGAUGAGGAAGAAACCACAGCCUUAGCAAAGCAAAAGAUUGCAUCGGUUAUAACGCAUGAGCUGGUGCACAUGUGGUUCGGUAAUGAGGUGACUCCCGAAUGGUGGACCUAUGUCUGGCUGAAUGAAGGAUUCGCCAACUUUUUCGAGUACUACAUAACAUCGCAGCUCGAGCCAGCGUGGAGAUUGUGGGAUCAAUUUAUCUUGGAUAAUGUACAUUGGGCGCUAUCCAAAGACUCGCAUAGCUCUGUCCGACCGAUGAAUUACUAUGCUACAGAUCCUGCAGUUUUGAAUGGAUUGUACGACUAUGUGGUUUAUCAAAAGAGUGCUUCCGUUAUACGGAUGAUACAGAACGUGAUUGGAUUCGAUACGUUCCAGCAGGCUAUCAAUGAUUACUUACGAUCACGUAGUUAUCUCACAACGAGGCCGCAGUAUCUGUAUACCAGCAUUGAAAAGUUCCGUACAGUCGAUCUUCCGGCCAGUGUUGAGGUCAUCUUCGAAAGCUGGGCCAAUACGCCAGGCUAUCCCGUUGUAACGGUGUCCAUCGAUCGUACCACACGAACACUCACUGUAUCUCAGAAGCGCUUUUGGAUGCCGAACGAGAUCGAUACGCCACCCCAAAACAUGUUGUUUUAUAUUCCCGUGAACUACGGCUCCAAUGUACCCACGUCGACCGACUUUGAAGAUACAACGCCUACAUUCUGGGUGACACCACAGGAUCCUACGGCAACCGUUUUCCUUGAGGCGGGAGUCGAAUGGGUCGUAGUCAACAAACAGCAGACGGGGUACUAUCGUGUGAACUACGACGAUGAAAGCUGGCAUAAACUGAUUGAGGUACUAAAUAGUGAUCAGUUUGAGGAUCAGCUGCCCGUAAUCAAUCGAGCACAGCUAGUAGAUGAUGUGGCCAACCUUGCUCGGGCAGGUGAAGUGGGAUACGAUGUAGCACUGUCCCUGAUGCAGUAUCUGGAGCGUGAAACGGAAUACAUCCCAUGGGCCACGGCGUACAAUGCGUUGCAACAUCUAGAUCGAAUGUUCUCUAGCCACAAAGAAUACAAUCGAUUCGAGAACUAUGUAGGAAUGUUAGCCUCGCAUGUGUUUAACGAAAUGAAUCUAUUUGAUACUGAAAGCCAUCUGAAUCGUUUACAUCGUGACAAGUCCGUUUACUUGGCGUGUUAUUUCGGUGUUGAGGCGUGCUUGGAUGCUGCAACUAAAAUAAUAGAAGAAGCACUUGCCGAGGAAACGUUAAACAUUCCCAAAGAAUUGCAAAACGCCGUCUUUUGUGCAUUGCACAAAUAUGAUCUGCUCGUUGAAGGAGACUAUGGCUUGGAGAUUUUCCAAAAAUACUGGCUAGCGACAGAUCAAUACCAGCCGUUGAUGGAUAAGUUUAUUAAUGCGUUGGGAUGUUCCCGCAAUCUGGCCAUGAACGAGUUCUAUCUACAAAUGAUUGAAAUAAAUGAAACCGCACUUCCGAUCACGGUGAGCAUGAAAAAUAACAUCCUGAACAGCAUGAUUAAAGGAGGUCCGGCAACACGGAGUGCAGCGUUCCGCUAUGUGAGUGUACGAUUCGAUACAGUUUCAAACAUGCUCAAUCAUGAGCUUUCGGCGAUGUUUAACGCUCUAGGUGACAGUGUUAACUCUCCAAGGGAGUACGAUAUGCUGAAAGAGCUCAUACAUACUCACCAAACAUCGUUGAAUCCUUCAUCGAUGCAGGCAGCAACUCGUGCUCUUGCACAGGCAGAAGAAAAUCUGCACUGGAUUGCGAAACAUUCUGGCGUUAUUGCGAAAUGGCUUGUUGAGCAAAACUUUGAAGGUGACGACGACGAUGACAGCGGUGCAGAGGCUAUUACUUCUGAAGCAGGUUUGUUCGUGCUGUUAGGGAUUAUAUCAAUUUCACUGCAGAUGGUAGAGUAUCUAUUUCGGUUGCGCGUGACGCAGUCCCCAAUUAGGUACAGUCCCAUAAAGAUGUUCCGUACUGCGCUAAGCUUGGCCGCCUUCUGGCUGCCAUUAAUUCUUGCAUCUGCUCCGGUGGAAAUAGUGGAAAAAGUAGCAACCAGUCGUGAUGCGCAUGAUGACAGUCGCUACCUGUUACCGAAAGUGUCGGAACCGAUCAAUUACAACCUUUUCCUGGACAUUACAAACUACGAUUUCUACUCGUACAACGGAACGGUAGAGAUAACAUUUCGCUAUACAGGCGAUCAGAACCAUUUCUAUCUGAACAGUGAUGGGCUGGUGAUCGCGACCGAAAGCAUUAAGGUGACAGGGCCGGACGGUACCGAUGUACCAGUUGCAAAUGUAAUAUACAUGGAGGAGUUUGAGCAAAUAUAUUUUGGCUUUAGAGAUCGGCUGCAGACGCGGGAGCAGUACAAGAUUGCGAUAAGCUUCCUGAAUAAUAUUGGCACUGAACUAAAAGGAUUGUACAGAAGUAGCUACAUGGCUGGGAACACAACAAGGUAUCUUGCUACAACCCAUUUCGAGUCCACGUAUGCUAGGAGCGUAUUUCCAUGCUACGAUGAACCAUCGUACAAGGCAACGUUCAACGUAAAGAUCCGUCAUCGGUCCGAGUAUAGAGCCCUGUCUAAUAUGCCAGCAAUAAAUAGCGUAACGGUAGGAGAUUAUACGGAAACAACGUUCGACACUACACCUCUAAUGUCCACCUAUUUGUUGGCUUUUGUCAUCUCCGACUUUAAAACGUUAUCUCACGAAUCCGACCGAUUUAGAGUGUUUGCUGCAGAAAGCAAGGUAGCUCACACUGGGUAUGCGUUGGAGUUUCUUGGCAAUUCGUUACGUACACUCGAAAACUUUUUUGGACGCCAGUAUCAGCUGCCGAAAGUAGAUCUCAUCGCUAUUCCCGAUUUUGCGAUGGGCGCCAUGGAGAACUGGGGCCUGAUAACGUUUCGGGAGCAGUACUUAAUCUAUGAGGAAGGUGUAACGACAGCCCGUACGAAGCAAAACAUUGCUGAUCUCAUUACGCACGAGCUAACGCACAUGUGGUUCGGUAACGAGGUUACUCCCGAGUGGUGGACGUACUUAUGGUUGAGCGAAGGCUUUGCUAGAUACUUUGAAUACUACAUAACAUCACAGCUCGAGCCUACCUGGAACCUCUGGCAGCAGUUCAUCGUGAACAAUGUCCACUCGGCGCUGUCACAAGACUGUAACAGCAACAAUCGAAUGAUGAGUUACUAUGCAACGGAUCCGGCGGUACUAAAUGACCUGUUUGAUUACGUCGUGUACGCAAAGAGUGCUUCCGUUAUACGGAUGAUACAGAACGUGAUUGGGUUUGAUACCUUCAGGCAGUCUCUUAACGAUUACUUACGAUCACGAAGUUAUCUCACAACGAGGCCGCAGUAUCUGUAUACCAGCAUUGAAAAGUUCCGCACAGUCGAUCUUCCGGCCAGUAUUGAGCUCAUCUUCGAAAGCUGGGCCAAUACGCCAGGCUAUCCCGUUGUAACGGUGUCCAUCGAUCGUACCAAACGAACACUCACUGCAUCUCAGAAGCGCUUUUGGAUGCCGAACGAGCUCGAUACGCCACCCCAAAACAUGUUGUUUUAUAUUCCCGUGAACUACGGCACCAAUGUACCCACGUCGACCAACUUUGAAGAUACAACGCCUACAUUCUGGCUGACACCGCAGGAUCCUACGGCAACCGUUUCCCUUGAGGCGGGAGUCGAGUGGGUCGUAGUCAACAAACAGCAGACGGGGUACUAUCGUGUGAACUACGAUGAUGAAAGCUGGCAUAAACUGAUUGAGGUACUAAAUAGUGAACAGUUUGAGGAUCAGCUACCCGUAAUCAAUCGAGCACAGCUAGUAGACGAUGUGGCCAACCUUGCUCGGGCAGGUGAAGUGGGAUACGAUGUAGCACUGUCCCUGAUGCAGUAUCUGGAGCGUGAAACGGAAUACAUCCCAUGGGCCACGGCGUACAAUGCGUUGCUACAUCUAGAUCGGAUGUUCUCUAGCCACGAAGAAUACAGUCGGUUUGAAACUUUCCUACGUACCAUCACAGGUUGCAUGUAUGAAAACAUUCUACUAACUGGCCCGAUGGAUCAAAUCAGCCGACUACAUCGCGGGAAUACCGUGUACUUAGCAUGCUACUCUGGCGUGAAGAAAUGUUUGGAUGACGCGCACGCACUAGCUAAUAAAGCCGUCCAGGAUUCAUCGUUCACCAUACCUGAAGAAGUACAAGCGUCAGUGUUCUGUGCUUUGCACAAGUAUCCAAGCGCAACACUCAACGUCCAGACCGAUUUAUUUGAAAAAUAUGUGACAUCAGCCAACAGUCCCGAGGAUUUGGAUAUGAUUAACCGGUUCCUGGCUAGCGUGGGAUGCGCUCGUAACGAAACUAUUAUGGAAUAUUACCUCACGCUUUCGGCAUAUAAUUAUCCGGGGCUUCCCGUGACGGCCGGACAAAGGAGUCAAAUCUAUCUCGGGCUAAUCAACGGUAGCCCUGGAACGCGCCAGGCCGCAUUGCAGUACUUGUACGAGCAUUUUUCGACCGUCACAUACUUGCUGACCUCCGUGACCCCGAUCUUUACUGAGUUGGGCAAUCGUAUCAAUACGCGAUUACAGCACGAAGUGCUUAAAAACAUUGUGGACGAGUACGGACACAUGUUAACAACGGCAGCGAAAGCCGCCGCAGAUGCAGCCCUUGUGAAAGCCGAACAAAACAUUCGCUGGAUAGAGAAACACGCUGAAAGCAUCACUUCCUGGUUGGUGGAGCAGGACUAUGAGGGAACUACUGCGCAGCCACCCGGUGGUGGAGCUGUUGCCUAUUCCGUAGGUAUAGCUGUUGCAUUCGGAUGUGCAAUUUUGCAGAUUUCGUCAAAUGUGUUGAUUCGUUAAAAAUGUUAUUCAGCGUGUAAAUAAACUAUUCUGUAACAGCACCGCCAA